AAAAAAAAUGGCGUCGAGGGUUUAAAAACUCGUAUGUUUCUACGUUGUAGCUCAAGGCUGUGAGAAAUCGCCCCAUUUUUGAUUCAGCGCAGUGGUGGAAUGAAUGUAUGAGAAAAUGCAAGCUAUUGGAUUGUUAACGCGUAGGUCGGCUAGGGUUUUCAGAAACCCUCCGCCGAGUUUGCUCAACCUAGUGUCCAUGGACUCGUGUUGUGAGUUCAGCUCACUGCGCCGCGGCUUUCACUCCGCUGCGUUUUUCUCAGGGAAUAUGCACGGAGGUUUUUCAAAUGUUGAAUUGUUUAGUCGAAAAGAUACAAUACAAAUCCCACCAUUAUCAAUGAUGGCAUCGAGCAGAUUGUUUUCUUCAGAAGCUCCAGAGAGUGGAAAUGUUUCUGCUGCAGAUGAGACAGUGAAGGAAAUAUAUGAUAAGUUGCUAGACAGUAUUGCAAAGAGAAGAACUGCACCUCCGAAUGCGUGGAUGUGGUCGCUCAUUGCUAAAUGCUCUACCAAUGAAGAUAUUAAGCUCUUGUUUGACAUUCUGCCGAAACUUCGUGCUUUUAGACUCUCCAAUCUUAGGAUACCCAAUGACUUUAACAGCGCACUUUGUAGGGCAAUUACACAGGCUUGUGUUCGUGCAGGAGCUGUUGACUUUGGUAUGAAGGCACUGUGGAAGCACAACUUAUAUGGAUUGACUCCUGACAUUGGCUGCGCUCACCAGCUCUUGUUGCACGCUAAACAACAUAAUGAUGCGAAACUGAUGGUCAAAGUAAUUAAAGUUUUGAUGAAAAAUGAUAUACCUUUGCAACCUGGCACGGCGGAUAUAAUUUUCAGCAUAUGUUGUAACACGGACAGAUGGGAUCUAAUAUCGAAGAAUGGGAAAAGGUUCAUCAAAUCAGGAGUAAGCCUCAGACAGACUUCAUUUGACAUGUGGAUGGAAUUUGCUGCCAAAAAAGGAGAUGUUGAAUCCUUAUGGAAGAUUGAGAACUGGAGAUCACAGGCUAUGAAAAAGCAUAGUGUUUCGACUGGAUUUUCCUGUGCAAAGGGUUUCCUUCUUGAGCAUAAGCCCGACAGUGCCGCUGCUAUCAUUCAAGUGCUUUAUCAGACUGUUUCUGACCUCAAAAGGCCAUCUAUCACGGUUGAACUUCAGAAGCUAGUUAGCGAAUGGCCUUUGGAUGUUAUAAAGCAUCAAAAUGACGACAACAGAAAGGCAUUUACUGCAGCAAUACAAACAGAUAUCUCGGAGCUGAUCAGUGCUCUACAAAGCUUGGGUGUGAGAGAAAACGUCACCCCGGUGCAGUUUGGCGAAAACGGACCCAUCUCUGCUUAGAAGCCUUGGAUUUUGGUAUCAAAUGGCGAAGGUUUUUGCUAACAGGCUAGUUGAAUUCUAUGAUCUCUGCUGCAGCAAGAAAUUUUGACAGUACUCUUACAAAUUCCAUCGUUUUCAGAUCAACAAUUUCAGCAUAACCGCAAAUCUUAAAGCGAAGUCUCUUUUGCUAGUUGCACAAGCGCAUAAAAUAGCCAUUAUUAUGCUUUUCGAAAUGAUAAACUAUGAAGUAAUGAAAUUGCUAUUUCCUCA